AUGGAGCCUGUAAAGUCAUUAGGAGUAAGGAUUUCCUUCUCUGCAUGGUCCGCGACCAUAAAAGAGCGGAAAUUGGAACAUUUCGUUAUGAGGCAGCUGCCCAAGCAGACGAUGAACUUGGAAAUUUCAAUGAACAAAAUUCAAGUGGGGUCGGCUCCUUCACCAAAUCUGAAGGUAGUGAAAUCUAAAAUCGGUUCUCUGGAAAACGCUAGUUAUAAACCUGGAGGAGGGAAAGUCAAAAUCGAAAGUAAGAAGUUGGACUUCAAGUCUGCUGCGCCCAGGAUAGAAGCUAAGAAUGAAAAAUAUACCCCGAAAGGUGGAGAAAAGAAGAUAGUACAGCAAAAAUUGCAAUGGAGCGCAAAAUCGAAAAUAGGCUCGUUGGAAAACACAACUCAUAAACCGAAAGGCGGAGACAAAAAAAUCGAAACUGUGAAACUAGAUUUCAAGGGGAAAGCGAAGCCAAAAGUAGGGUCCAAAGACAAUAUCAAACACGUUCCAGGAGGGGGAGAUAUUAAGAUUGAAACAAAGAAGAUCGAUUUGAAAGUUACGAGCAAAGUCGGUUCUUUAGACAACGUGAAGUAUAAACCAGGUGGCGGCGAUAAGAAAAUUUUUGACGACAAAGAAUAUUUGAAGCAGAUGUCUGCCAUCUCUAGCGUAGAGCAUUCUUUGUCUGGUUCACAGACUUCGCUUCCAUCUCAACCGGAGAAACUUCCAACUGCUGAUGAAAAUUUGAACCAGGAACAUUGAAAUAUUCAUUAGUAAGGUUGACUUGUACUCGAAGGACUCGAAGGUUACCAGUUUUGAAAAACCAAUCGUUGGAAAUUCUUAAUUAUGUAUACCUACCUAACCCUAAGAAAAUUUACUAAAACUAUCGCAUGUCCAGUAAAGUAAUAAAAAAUGUAGCAUGCACUUUGAAGUAACAGAUCCUUGAAGUAAAUCUGUAAAAGUAAUGAGAUAAACAGUAAAUUCACUAACAACACUGUUGGCUUAGAUUUUCAUUUUGUUUUUCUUUUUGUUGUAUUACAAUGGAUGUAUAGACACAUAAGAAAAAAGUAAUACAA